AUGCCGGCGGCCGCGCCGGAGGCGGCGAGCAGGGAGCCGCUGGGGACAGCGGGGAGGGGCGCGCCGGGCGCCCCGCCCCGGGAAAAGCGCGCCCAGGGGGCACCGGCCAGGGAGCCCCCCGCGCCUGGCUGGGCUCUGUCCCUGGAGGGCCUGGAGGCCAUGAGCCCCCAGCAGCGCCACCGCCACCUGCUCUUCGGGGACCUGCUUGAAGACGUGGGUGCGGCCGCCUCCAUCUUCCCGCGCGAGUCCGCGGAGCUGGGGUACCGGAUGCCCGACCCGCGGCCGUGGACACAGUCGCUGGAGCCGGCGGCAGCGCGCCAGGACCGGCUGCUCGGCGUCCUCAAGGCGGCCGAGGCCCGCGGCCGGGUGCGCGCCUUGCGGUUGCGCUACACCUACAUGCGGGCGGAGGAGAUCACGCUGCUCAUCCAGCGACAGAAGUCGGCGCGCGCCGCCAUUCGGCUGGAGCUGUUCCUGCCGCCGCAGCUGAAGCCCACGCGCAUCCCGGACCCUCUGGACCGCCAAGAGGUGCCCGCCGGCCCGGGGAGGGGCGGAGGGGGGCCGCCCGCGCCCUGCACACCUGGCCCCAGCCCCUCUCCCGCAGCGGAGGCGCGUGGAGACCAUCCUGGAGGAGCAGGUGGACAGCAGGAACUUCCUGCACUGACGGCCUGGCGCAGGGCCGCGCCCCCUCCUCCCGCAUAA